CAGACAGAUUUUGAACAAGCAGCUGCAAAAAGAUGCUCCUGCAGAUCAGAUUCAGAAUGUGGACAUUUUUGCUCACUGAUCAUUUGUGUCAAACAGUAAAACUAUGAGAGCAACAAAGAUCCAGUACAUUCCAGUCUAGCUUUCUCCAUCACGAAGAACUGUCUGAAGAUAGUCUCUGAUUGUAGAGUCACAACAAACAAAGAGUUCCCUGCUCCUGCUGCUAUUGGAAUGAGAGUGAAAUUCCAGAAAAAUGAACCUUCAUCUAUGAGAUCAGUUUGAUCUUCAGGAAGGAAUUUUUUUUUUCUUAGAAAAAAUGUCAUGGUGCCCCUGCUCUCCUCUGCACCUCCUGAUUGGACCCAGCUGCCAGCACUCUUCUCAUCAGCCACAGUCAGCUAUUUAAGAGAGGCCUGCUCCAGCAUUCUUCGCCAGUUCGUUACCUUAACCGGAUUUCUACUACCACGUGCUGACCUGGGUCCAUUGCCACUUAGCUCCACCAUCUACCCGGCUGCAGGACCACGCCAUCAUCCAACUCACCUGCUGGUUCUUUGCUCCACCGCCUGGUCUCCUGCUGAUCCUCAUCCGCCUCCUCCUGCUGCCACCCCACUCCAGCUUCAGUGCCCAAAACCUUAUCGGACAAUAAACUCUUUCCUACUGCCUACUGGGUUUCAGCAUCUGAGUCUGCUUCCUCUCGCAAUCAUGACAGAACGAACUGGCCAAGCUGCAGACCCAGCUGACCCGGAAGCUUUACGUUUCAUUGUUUCUCAGCAAGGCAUCCUUCUGGGGCAUCAGGAAGACUCACUACAACAAUUGACUUCAGCACAGCAUGAUAUAUUUCGCAGAGUUGAUGACAUUUCACGAGCUGUCAUGGACUUGACUAGCCAAUUAUCUAAUC